AUGGUGCUCAACGGGUCAUGUAGUCCCCUGGCAGAGCCCAUAGCACUUAGCAGUGAGGCUGCUGCCCCUGCAUCGGCUGCUCUGCUCGACUUUUUCUUCCCCGGCCUCUCCAUGUUUACCGGGGCUCUGCAGCGGCAUCUUCACAUUGAUCUCAGCCACUAUUUUCUUCCCAUCAUGUUCCUCAGUUGUGCUACGGUCGUCUGGAAAUACCUCUCCAGCUACCUCUACACCCAUAUUGAAGCCCACUUGAUGUCUACCGUCGAGGUUCGCUACGACGACGAGGUGUACAACAUGCUCAUGAACUGGGUGACCUGCCAGCCUUUUGCCCAAAACGCCCGCCACUUUAUUGUCAACACUGUGGUUGGCUCCCGGUCUUGGUCGGUGUGGGAGUUGCGGUACGAGGAGCAGCGGCGCGGCCGCAAUGAUGACUCGGAGACCGAGAGCGACGACGGCGAUGACGAGGCUGCUGCUGCUGCGAGCGGCAACAUGAAAGCCCAGAAGAAGGCACUGUCCUAUACGCCAAAUUUUGGAACGUAUUACUUCUGGUUCCAGGGCCACAUUAUCAGCUUUCGCCGCACUCAAAAUCGUGACUCGGCCCCGACUGGCACAGAUCAGAGGGAGUCCGUCUCGCUAACGUGCCUCGGCCGCAACCCAGCAGUGCUCAAAGAGCUGCUGCUCGAGACCCGGCGCCAGUACUUGCAGCGUGAUAUGCACAAGACGGUCAUCUACCGCGGCAGCGACAAUGGUGGCAAGCACAACACGGAUUGUGCCACCUGGGUCCGCUGUAUGGCACGCAAUACCCGGCCGAUGUCUACGGUCAUCCUCAACGACAAGAUCAAGAAGGAUCUCGUGGCCGACGUGACUGACUACUUGGAUCCGGCUACGCGCCGCUGGUACGCCAACCGCGGUAUUCCUUAUCGUCGCGGCUACCUCUUGUACGGUCCUCCAGGCACCGGGAAGUCGUCUCUGAGCGUCUCCCUGGCUGGGUUUUUCCGCAUGAAUAUUUACAUUGUCAGUCUCAAUGGCUCUGCUGCCACUGAGGAGAACCUGUCGACCCUGUUCAACAAUUUGCCACGGCGCUGUAUUGUUCUGCUUGAGGAUAUCGACACUGCCGGACUCACCCACACGCGUGAAGACGGAAAUGCCGACAAGGAAAACGAGAGCGACAGCAGCGACAGCGAUGACGACAGUGGCAAGAGCAAGAGUAAAAGUGAAGAUCAGUCUAAGAAGGGCAGCAAAGAUGAGGACAAGUCUGAUAAGAAGUCCACCACUCCCAAAAAGGACCAAAAAGGCCGCCUGUCACUAUCGGGACUGCUGAACAUCCUCGACGGUGUUGCCAGUCAGGAGGGCCGCAUUCUGAUCAUGACGACAAACCACAUUGAGAAGCUAGACAAAGCGCUGAUCCGGCCUGGCCGCGUUGACAUGGCCGUCAAGUUUGACCUGGCUGACCGCGACAUGAUAGCGGCACUGUUCCGGUCUAUAUUUGCACCCCUGGAAGGGGAAACAGUGCAGGCCAAGAAAGGUUCGGAGAAGGAGCAGGUUGUCGGACACGUUCUCGACGAAAUGAAGCGUGCAGUGGCUUCCACCGAAAAGUUGGCCAAGGAGUUUGCAGAGAUCGUUCCGGAGCUGACCUUCAGCCCGGCUGAGCUGCAGGGUUUCCUCCUUAGGCACAAGCGCGAUCCAGUUGGGGCGGUGGCCGACGUGGGCACAUGGGUGGAAGAGACGAAGGAAGCCAAGGCACGGCUGACUAAGCGGGAAGAGAAGAAAGCCGAGAGGGAGAGGGUCAAGGAAGAGGCCAAGAAGGCGAAGAAGGAGGAGGAGGAAAAAAAGAGCAGAGCGGCAAAGCGGGCGGCGAUACGAACGAAGGCGUCGAAGAAGGCGAGCAAAGAUGACGGGGACAGCAGCAGCAGCAGCAGUAGCGAUGCCGAUAGUGAGGCGAGGAGGUCGAGGCGGAAAACGAAGCAGCGCAGAGAGCGCAAGACGGAGGCAGAAAAGACAGGGUCGAAGUCGGCAAACCAGCCAUGCUCUCCUGGGACUUCGCUCUCGAGUGAUUUGUCAUCAGAAGAUGACCACCGUUUCAACUGCUCCAGCGGCUCCAGCAAUGGCUCCAGUGCGCCGUCGGAACACAUGACCGACACUGCGCCUUCUGACAGGGAGGUGACAGAGAAGGUGGCAGCCAGCGCGACAGAGACGGUAGCAGUGAUUGUAUCUUAG